AUGCUGACACAUCUCCUAUAUCAAGAGAGCCUAGAUACGAGAAAGCCUCCCGGCACUGGUUACACCAGCAAAGUACGUGUGAGCGAUAGGUACCACAUCGUGGGAUUUAUCAGCAGCGGUACCUAUGGCCGUGUCUAUAAGGCCCUAGGCAAAAAUGGCCAGAAAGGGGAAUUCGCAAUUAAAAAGUUCAAGCCGGAUAAAGAAGGUGAAAUCGUUCAGUAUACUGGUCUCUCGCAAUCGGCCAUCCGGGAAAUGGCCUUGUGCUCAGAACUUGACCAUCCCAAUGUAGUGGGGCUGGCAGAGAUCAUCUUGGAGGACAAGUGUAUCUUCAUGGUCUUUGAGUACACUGAGCAUGAUCUCCUGCAGAUCAUUCACCAUCACACCCAACCGCAGAGACAUGCGAUUCCCGCCCUUAUGGUCAGGUCGAUCUUGUUCCAGCUGCUCAAUGGCUUGCUCUACCUCCAUACCAACUGGGUACUACAUCGGGACCUCAAACCAGCAAACAUCUUGGUAACUUCGAGCGGUGCUAUCCGCAUCGGUGAUCUGGGACUUGCCCGACUGUUCUACAAACCUCUCAAUUCCCUUUUCUCUGGAGACAAGGUCGUCGUCACCAUCUGGUACCGUGCACCUGAGCUUUUGAUGGGUAGCCGACACUACACACCAGCUGUUGACUUGUGGGCCGUCGGUUGCAUUUUUGCAGAGCUACUUUCUCUCCGACCCAUUUUCAAGGGCGAGGAGGCCAAGAUGGACAGCAAGAAGACGGUGCCAUUUCAGCGAAACCAAAUGAUGAAAAUCAUCGAGAUCAUGGGACUGCCAUCCAAGGAGAUCUGGCCGGGCCUAGUGUCUAUGCCCGAGUAUUCACAGCUCCAGUCGCUGGCAAUGUCACGAGCUCCGGGACACUUUAACAGAUCGUCAAAUUUGGAAGUCUGUGCCGGCACACCAGGUGCAGAUGGCUUCGAUCUACUGUCACGCCUGCUUGAGUACGACCCCACUAAGAGAAUCACCGCCCAAGAAGCCCUCGAGCAUCCGUACUUCAAGAACGGAGGCCCCAUAUCAGCUAAUUGCUUUGAGGGAUUCGAGGGCAAAUAUCCCCAUCGCCGUACUUAUCAUCACCUCGCAACUUCUCAAAAUACGCCUUGA